AUGACCAAGGUCCUGGAAAUAAUAAUCCUGAUCCAAUCGAAAAAGGUCAUAUCUACUUCUAUCCAACCCGACCUAAAUGCCUUCAGACUACAGUCUACAACACUCUACGACCAAUCCACUGACGAAAGUCAUCGACCUCCUAGCCUACACAAAAACAGAGAAGAUAGAACAGCGGCAGUAUUCCUGGACUUCGAGAAAGCUUUCGACAGUGUGACACUACGGAUUACUGCUAAAACUACUCCAGCUAUACGUACCACGAUAGCUGGUCAGCCUGGUAUAAUCAUUUAUUUCAAACAGGACAUACUCGGUCCGAGACGGCUACGCCUUCUCAUCACCAAAAACAUCGAUUGCAGGCUUCCCUAUUAUGUCUAUCGCUUAUUUUGUUCAUAUCAUACAUAA